CUGUACUUGGGAUUUUAUUACCUGGUUUUAUAAAAUUUACAAGCAACUAACUUACUUGAUGCUAAUUCGGUUGGAUAGGACUUUCCAAAUCUUAAAAGGUGAUGGUCCUAGUGCCUUUACCAUGCAGAUCCAACAUACCAACCUCAGGAAACUCUUCCCAUAGGAAAUUGGUGCCUUAGCAACUGUCACCAUAACAACCGUCACCAUAGCAACUGUCUCCAUAGCAACAGGUCGUCAUAGCAACCAUCAGCAUGAAUCGAUCCAACAACCUCAACGCCAUGUCGUCGCCGGAGAAGGUAGACAUAUCGUUGGUGAGUUACGACGAACAAGGGCUACAACUGCCGGCGCAGGGGUCGCUCAGCAAUAACACGACAUUUGAGGAGGCCGCGUCAACGCUACCGCUUGCGCCGACAUCGCAGAAACGGUCGAGAUGGCGGCUGGGUCUACCGCACGAACCGACAAUCAAGUCGUUUAUACUGUUCCUCUGCUUGCUCAUCCUCGCUCAGGGAAUUCUGGUCUCCGGGUACAUAAACAGCGUCGUGACCACGAUAGAAAAGAGAUUCGAACUCCAGAGCACGUCAGCCGGCCUGAUCGUGAGCGGGUACGAGAUCGGGAGCCUCAUCGCCGUGUCGUUCGUCAGCUACUUUGGCGGGAAGUCGCACCGACCGAAGAUCAUUGCGUGGGGGAGCAUCGUGACAGCGAUCGGCUCGUUCAUCUGCGCGCUGCCGCACUUCAUGUCCACACAGUACCGCGUCACGCUCACGCAUAACUACUCGGACGGAAACUUGUGCAAUAACGGGAAGUGGGCGGAUAAUCACACAUCGGCGGAACCGGCGGAGGACGGGGAGGUUUGUCGCGACAAGAUGGAGAACUCGCUCUACAUCAUCCUGAUCUUCGCGGAAAUCCUGAUUGGGAUGGGCGCAACGCCGGUCCUCACGCUGGGCACGAGUUACAUCGACGAUCACGUGUCCAGGGAAAACUCCUCGCUGUACAUUGGAAUGCUAUACGCCACCGGUGCGCUCGCCCCCGCGCUCGGAUUUCUCCUGGGCUCCGUUUUCCUAAACAUCUACGUGGACAACACGACAGUCAACAUGGACCUACUCCAGAUCUCCCCCAGCGACCCUCGAUGGGUGGGCUGUUGGUGGGGAGGGUUCCUUCUCUGCGGCAGUUGUAUCCUGGUGCUCGCUCUCCCCAUCUUCGUGUUCCCGCGGUCCCUGGCCAAACCAGAGACGGCGGAACAGGGUAACGAGGUGUUGGAGUCGACAGCGAUCAGCGAAAGCGGCCUGGAGUUGUCGAAAAGGGAAAAGAUGGAACAGCUGGAAGAGCAGCUUCGAAGUCUGCCCCGUGCAGUAUGGAGACUGGUCACUAACGUCACCUUCGUCACCAUCUCUGUCGCCUGUGCCAUGGAGGUCUCCAUCGUCAGCGGCUUUCUCACCUUCCUCUCCAAGUUCAUCGAGCUGCAGUACGAGAAAACGGCCUCCAGUGCCAACAUUUUAACUGGUGUUGUGGCUGUUCCUGCGGCGUUUAUCGGGAUCUUCGGAGGCGGGUUCCUCAUGAAGAGGUUUAACAUCCAGCCCAAGGCGGCCGCAGCGCUCACCCUGCUCUGUAACUUCAUCUCCCUGCUCCUCAUCCUCACCCUGUUCCCAGUGGGAUGUGGCAAUCCCAGCAUUCCCGGCAUCACUGUGCCUUUCUACUCAGACAGUUCUUUAGUGGACGUGAAUCUCACCUCCAGUUGUAACCUGAACUGUGGCUGCACGUUUGAGGGGUUCGCUCCUGUCUGUUACCAGCCUGACCAGCUGACGUAUUUUUCACCCUGUCAAGCCGGCUGUACACAAAAAAGUCUGAUUCCUGGGACCAAAGUCAAUAAUUACACAGAGUGUAGCUGUUUGAGUGGGAGUGCAGGAGGCCCACAUGGACACAUCACGUCAGGGAAGUGCAGUUCUGACUGUAACAUGCUGCCAGUCUUCAUGCUUCUCCUCUUCAUCAUCGUUCUCAUCUCUACAACAUCACAGGUCCCCGCUCUCAUGGUCACCAUCAGGUCUGUAAGUGAGGAGGACAAGCCGUUUGCGUUGGGCCUGCAGAUUGUGUUCCUGCGAGCGCUGGGUUACCUCCCCGCUCCGAUCUACUACGGGCGCGUCAUCGACUCCACGUGUCUCCUGUGGCAGACAGAGUGUGACAGCCGAGGGCUCUGCUACGUGUACGACAACAUCAAAUACAGACAUUACUACAUCGGCCUGUGUGCAGGGUUGAAGGGGAUAGGCUUCCUCUUCUUCCUCACAGCCUGGGUCUUCUUCAGACCAAAACAAGAAGACUCUGACGAAAUCGCCGAUCACCAAAUUCCUGACGACAACAUCUCUACAAUAUCCGGUCACGUGGAACACCGCAAUGUAGCAGGUUUGAGGUCGUACAUGGCGGGUAUCGUGCAUUCCGUGGAGUCGCUGGACUCGGACUACAUGCAGCACCACGGGUCCAGGGCCGGGUCCCGCCGCAACAGCUGGCACCACGACAAUCACUAUGGCAACCACGACCACUACGACAUCACGUUCGGCCCCCGUCCGCGAAGGCUCACCUCGCCCCUGUCGAUGGACUCCAUGUUGCCUUCCGACCAGAGCAUGUUGUCAUUCGUCAGCUUUGAGAGUAACGUAUGAUGAGUGCACCAGUCAGUGCAAAACUUUUGGGGUGAAUAUGAUAAUCAGUUUGAGGGGGUCUCUACUUAAACAAUGAACAGAGGUAGCCACAGAUGCAUUAAUUUAGAGAUUCUUACCUUCUGACCAGAGCAUGUUGUCAUUCGUCAGCUUUGAGAGUAACGUAUGAUGAGUGCACCAGUCAAGGGAAAACUUUGGGGGAAAUAUGAUAAUCAGUUUGAGGGGGUCUCUACUUAAACAAUGAACAGAGGUAGCCACAGAUGCAUUAAUUUAAAGGUUCUAACCUUCUGACCAGAGCAAUGCUAUCAUUCGUCUGCUUUGAGAGUAACGAAUGAUGAGCGCAUCAGUCAGUGGAAAACUUUUGGGGUGAAUAUGAUAAUCAGUUUGAGGGGGUCUCUACUUAAACAAUGAACAGAGGUAGCCACAGAUGCAUUAGAGAUUAUAAAUUAAAUAAUAUUCUAACCUUUCGACCAGCAAUGCUGUCAUUGGUCAGCUUUUAGAGUAACGUAUGAUGGAGAAUGUGCUGUGCACCAGUCAAUGGAUAACUUUGGGGGAAUAAUAUGAUAAUUAGGUUGAGGGGGUCUCUACUUAAACAAUGAACAGGUAGCCACAGAUGCAUUAGAGAUUAUAAAUUUGGGUCUUGAAACCACUUUGUGUAGUUUUGAAGUGCUUGAAUGCAUGUUUUCAAAGGCCAUGCUGAAGAAAUUUAUUGUUUCUUGGUACGGAUUAUAUAUAUUCAAUAAGAAAGAAAAUUUCAACAAAAUUGCUAGUAUUUUUUAGCAUUCAGCAGUUGUCAACACAUUUCAUGAGUUAUUGCAGUUUAUCAUAAUGACGUUUUAUGACCAAGACAAAAAUUUACAUUUCUGUGGCUUCAGUUUCAAUAAUAUAUUCAGAAAAGUUUCAAAAAUCACAGUAUUAUCUUUCAGCUAUUCCAUGUACUUUUAGCUACAUCUAUUUGGGUACUUUGCAACUUAAGCUAACUUCUAAAAAGACUACUAUCAAAUUUUCCAAACUAAAAAUUAUAUAUUUAUUCAGAGCUUAGAAGUCUGAUAAUUUGUAAAUUAUCUGGUCUCAAAACAGGGGUUCUUUGAAACCAAAUAUAGUUAAAUCUUGUCUUACUUUGUGCAUGAUAUUUUACCUGUGCCACUCUUAUUAUGUAAAAGGACAAUUUGUGAAGCCAGUACAAAAAUAGGAUUCUUUGUCAAUCAUUUUAUUUUUCAGGGUAGAGACUCUGAUUUGGUAGAAUCAAAAAUUCUGAUUGCAGUCUGUUAAUUUUAAGAUAUCCGUUUAAAAGACAGAUCUUUUCAACUUUUAAUCAUUGGAUUUAGUUGAAAUUCAUGAUUUGUAAAUGAAAAGCUACCCUAAGGCCACACUGACUUAAUUUUAGGGAUCACAUCCUCUGAAAACCCCAAAACUAAUGCAAGCGGGUGAAAAAAAAAUUACAGCCA